AGCUCAAAUUGCCCCCAAAUUCCCUUUUUCCUCUCUCUCCCUUUCGCUUUCCAAACACUCAGGCUCGUGCCUUAUUUCUAACGAAAAAAAAAAAACACAGUUCACAAAUGAUGGGCACCACUGUGGGGGCGGCCAUCGUGUAUCUCGAGAAGAUGAAAGUCUCGGAGGAGGACAAGGUUUCCAAUGGCAACAAUCUUGUCAACGAAAAUUCCGAGGACGAGGAAGAAGAAGCUGGGGCUCCAGGAGUAGGUGCUGUCAAAAAGAAGAAGAAGAAAAAGAAGCCUAAGAAGAAGAACAAGUCGGCUGCAUCCACACAGUCGAACCCCCCCAGAGUUCCCCUCGAUCAGUUAUUCCCCAAUGGCCACUUUCCGGUUGGGGAAGAGUGUGAUUAUCAUGAUGAGAACCUCAAGCGCAACACCGACGAAGAGAAACGACAUUUGGAUAGGAUGAACAAUGACUUUUUGACGGAUUAUAGGAAGGGUGCUGAAGUUCAUCGGCAGGUUAGGCAGUGGGCUCAGGGGUGGAUUAAGCCUGAUAUGAGCCUUACUGAGAUUACUGAGGGGAUUGAGAACUCUGUCCGGGCCUUGACUGGCCAUGAUGGUUUGACUGAGGGUGAUUCUUUACUUGCCGGAAUGGGAUUUCCGACUGGUGUUAGCAUUAAUAACUGUGCUGCGCAUUAUACCCCUAAUGCGGGAAAUAAGAUUACUGUCAAGCAGAAUGAUGUCAUGAAGGUGGACUUUGGUGUUCAUGUGAAUGGAAGGAUCAUCGACAGCGCUUUCACCAUGACCUUCAACCCUGUUUAUGAUAAUCUCCUUGCUGCUGUGAAAGAUGCUACUAACACUGGUAUUCGUACUAUGGAGAGUUACGAGGUCGAAAUUGGGGGAACAACUAACCAAGUGAAGCCAAUUCGCAACCUGAACGGCCACAAUAUCAAUCAAUUCCAGAUCCAUGGCGGCAAGAGCGUUCCGAUUGUUAAGGGUGGAGACCACACCAAGAUGGAGGAAGGAGAAACCUUUGCUAUUGAAACAUUCGGCAGCACCGGGAAAGGUUAUGUCCGCGAUGAUUUGGAGGUUUCGCAUUACGCUAGACGGAUAGAUGCACCUAAUAUCUCCCUACGCCUUACUUCUGCCAAGAAUAUCCUCAAUGUCAUCAACAAGAACUUUGGGACAUUACCUUUCUGCAGGAGGUAUCUCGAUCGUCUUGGGCAGGAUAAGUAUCUUCUCGGGUUGAACAAUCUCGUUGCUAGUGGUAUCGUGGAAGCAUAUCCGCCUUUGUGCGAUAUCAAGGGGUCUUACACUGCCCAGUAUGAACACACAAUCUUGCUCAGACCAACCAUCAAGGAGGUGGUAAGUAGGGGUGUCGAUUACUAGUGCUGGAUUCUUUCUGUACCCUUUUUGCUCGGAAAAUAAUUGCAUCAGAAUCGAUAGAAAUGGUCGAUGGUGGUUCUUCAUGUCUUUUUUAACAUACCAAAAUGGGAAGGGGAUUGUUGUUUUCAUGUUCCGCUUAUUUGGGGGGUUCGCGGUUUGGCACUGAAAUUCCGGGGCUUCGUCCAUUGUCGCCAUUUUCUCCACUGUAUUGAAAACCAGAAAAAAAGCUUAUCAAAUAUUUGGCUGUAAGCGGGCUAGCUACUACUA